CUCAACGCCAUCUGCUAAACCAAUGAAGAAGAAUCACCCCAAAGGUGUUCAAACGCAUACAAUAUGCUACCCGUCACGCACCUCAACUCUCACAGCACAAAUUUAUGUCCCUACCUCCCAAGCCUCAUUGUCUGCUGUGGCUGAUGAGAUGUGUUCCUUGGCACGUGUGGCCCGCCUGUUCUUGCCGAGCAGCAGUAUAUCGAGUGAAGACAUUUACGGCCAUAACUCCUCGUCCUCGUCUGCAUCUUCGUCUUCCUCUUUAUCUAUUAUAUAAGUAUUGCCCAGGCCAUCAGGUGAAUCGAGUAAAAGGGCCAGAUGCGGGAGGACGUUUCUCAUCUGUGCCGAACGGCGUAAGACUUGAGGUGCGGGUAGUGAGAGGGAUUGAAGAUCUCCCAGUAAGAUAUGUGUUUGAACUCCCUGUGGUGUGUACACUCGAGCCUCUCUCAGCAAUGCAUGAACUUGAAUAUAGGUAUAGGACUCGAGCUGCCUGGAGGUGGUUUAUGUACAACAUUGCGGGAAAGAGGGUGACUGCUUGCGGUGCGGAUGCACUUGGCGGUUACAGCAGGCGCUUUUGUCUGGGUGUCUGUCUGCAACACUAGUCGUUGACUUGCCAAGUUAGCGCACGUUGGGUGCUUUGUCCCGCGUUGUGCACUUGCUUGCUGUGU